AGUAAGUAACUAACAUGCUUUUCUACUGCACAGCCAUAUAACCAACUAAGACUCUCUCGAUCCAUGGUUUUUCAAGACACACUUCCUAAGUAAUUAAGUUCUAGAGAGAUUAAGCAAGCAGAAACUUUUAAAACGGGAAUAACAUUCCAGAUCUAUUAAGCAUGCACACAUGGAUAAUGCAAGUCUCAUAUCCUUAAGUACAAAACGAUACUGAAAAACAGGAUUUUUAAAAAGAAGAAGGUAUACACUGCUGCCUUGGGUUUAAUACUUCUGAACCUUAAUAUAUUCAACAGAAGAUGAAAGACCGCCUUCAAGAGCUUAAACUGAGAGCAAAGGAACUGCAAUUAUUAGAAGAGAACAAUCCUGUUGUUGAUGCAAUUAUUAGAGAGGAACAAGGAGAAUUUGAACAAGCAGCUGUUAUUUUUGAAAAGGAGCCCAUAACUGAAAGGUACUUGCAUGAAAUACAGCAACUUCAUAAUGACAUUAAUCGUUUGGCAAUGGAUGUUCAAAAGUUUAGUCGGCAGCAGAAAAGUUUUAUGGCUUCCAUGAGAAGAUUCAGUGUGCUUAAAAAAGAAUGCAGCAAUACAAAAGCAAUUAAAGCUCAAGCAGAGCACAUUAAUAAGGGCUUGGAUGAUCUUUCAAAAAUAGUGAAGAGGGAAGAAAAAGAACAUGGCUCAUCAUCUGCCCUUAGAAGAGUCCUCACUUCCCAGCGUGCAGUCCUAUUCCAUCGUUUCCAAAAUAUAAUGAUUAUGUACAAUAAUGCCAUAACAACCAAACAAGAAAAAUGUAAGGAUUUCAUUAUGCGUCAGUUGGAAGUGGCAGGAAAAGAGGUAUCAGAGGAAGAACUAAAUAAUAUGGUUGAACAAGGGAAAUGGGAAAUCUUCAAUGAAAAUCUGCUCACAGAGGUCAAGAUUACUAAAACUCAGUUAUCUGAGAUUGAACAAAGACACCGAGAACUGGUCAGUCUGGAAAAUCAAGUGAAAGACUUAAAAGGCCUUUUUUUUCAAAUCUCACUUUUGAUAGACGAACAAGGUGAAAUGAUCAACAGCAUUGAAAUGGAAAUCAUUAACACUCAGGAUUAUGUCCAAAUGUCAACAGAAAAGUUCAGGCUGGCAGCUAAAUAUCGAAAAAAGAAUCCAUGCAAAGCACUGUGCUGUUGGUGCUGCUCCUGUUGCAAAUGAUUUGUCCUCUGGGCAAUUAAAACUGAAGAGCUGAUCCAGCCCUCUCAGUACCCCUGAGGUCAUCAUAUGUUUACAAUCCAAGCAGGCACUUGGAUAUGUGGCUCACAAUUAUAUGUCAUGUGAUCACAUUUGUGACCUUCCUUGCUGGUUUCCCACAAGCAAUGUCAAUGAGAAAGCUGGCAGAGAAGAUUGCAAGUCACUCCAGUAAGAUCCCUGCAUCCAUGCGGCAGGCUCUAAAAUUUUCCUGUAGUCAUAAAGAGCUACGUACUGUGACUACGUCAUUUAGCGAUGGCAAUUUCAGUUGCAAUCAUAACCCCAAAACAUGCAGGUCAUUAAACAGGAAAUGGUGAGAGUCCCAAGGGGGGAAAUCAGGAGAGUGCUUGGGAGGCCUAUACAGGAGUGCUAUGAGAGGCUGGGAGAAGCUGGAGAUGUCUUGAGAGAUCCAGCAUAAGCUGAGCAUGAACUGAGGGACGCACAGUGGGGGUUCAAUGCAAGCUACAUGUUAGUUGGGGCAGGUUGGGCAGGGCUUAAGAAGGUCAGUGUAGGCUACAAAUGAGCUGGAGGAUGAGGGGGUAAUGGCAAAGGCUGCACAUGUGCAAGGUGGCUUACCCAAGUGACUUGCUACCUUCCCUGCUGCAUUCCCCAUAAAUUUUGCUUGUCAGAGCCUGCCAUGAAAUUAUCAUAAAUGGCAAUCACAUGACUAUAGAUCCCUGUGACAUCAUAAUUGUGAGCCUGGUUCCUUAGCACCCUAUGGUGAUCAUGAGACCAUGGUGUUGUAAUGGCUAUGGUAAAAAGCAUUGUAGACUUCCCCGGCUAUGUAUGUCAUACACUAAUCUCUCUCUGUCUUUAUGUAUGCAAUAGAUUUCAGCAAACUCAGGAUUCUUUUACUUUUAAAAACCCUUCCUUGCAGUUUUUCCAUUAUUGAAAGUCUCCAAAUAUUUAAAAUAUAUGUUAUUAUGGUAAUACUGAAAAGAACCUUUUAAGAAAUAAUCAUUUCCUUGUAUUAAUGAUAUUAUACUACUUGAAUACCAGCUAUUCAUUAUAAAAAUUAAGCACAAACCAAAAGCCUUGUACAAAUAGUCAUGUCAUUAUAAAAAAAAAUUAUUCAGUUUGGAAAAUAUACUUUGUCUCUAAGUAAGUCACAACAGAAUAAUCUGGGCAAGCAUACAAAUAUCCCCAAAACAAAACAAUAAGUGUGUUAAUAGUAUGUACUAAGAGAAGAGGAAAUUAGACAUAAUUACAAGUAGUCUUGAGAAACGACAGGCCAUUUAACAAUAGUUCAUAGUUAUGACUCACACUCCAAAACUAUAUGACCUUGUUUCAAAGUUAUCACAGUGCCACUGUGGUCAUUCGCCCUUAUGAGGGGCCACAGGGAUGCUCUCCACAUCCCGUUCCAAUGAGACCUCCAACACUUGGGCCCGCUCCCAUGCCUCUUGGAAGCAGUCAUCAAUUCCUUGUUGGCUGCUUUCAGAGCUUUGUGUGUCAGUCAGCUGCCCCCCGAAUCAGCUGGCCAGCAGAAGGCUGCCUCUUGCUUGGCUUUGAAAGUUGACCUUUGCAUGAAAGGCAGCUUCAUGACAAGAUUCCCAAAACCUUUCCCUUGCUUCUCUGUCUCCCCCAGAAAGCCACAUUUCUUCAAAAGAGAGAGAGAGAGAGAGGGAGGGAGAGGGAGAGGGAGGGAGAGAGAAAAAGCUGGAAGGGAUGGACUUGCUGAUCUUCCCUCACCACUAAAUGUUCUCUCUACUCUCCAAUCUCUACCCCUUUUAAAAUUCUAACCUUGACUCCAUCUGAAGAACAGAAGAACGAAGUGACUAAGGAAAGAAAAUCUUUCUCUAUUGAACUGAAAAAAGUCAUCUCAAAAUUUGUGCAAUGAAAUGGAUAAUGGUGGGUCCUUGCAAGCUUUAGCUGUCAUUCUGAGCUAUAGAGCUCAGGUAGGAGUUAAAAGCUAGAUUAUAGACUUCCUACUAUAGGCAGUCAUAUGGACAGCUAAAGCUUGCAAAGACCCAGUGUCCUCCAUUUUGUUGCACAACUUUUAGAGAUGAUAUUUUUUUAAGUUUCAUGGCUGGUCAUUAUUUGAGGCAGUUCAUUUAACAAAGUUAAAUUUUGUUACAGUUAUAACUUGAUCUGUAUUCAAGAAGUUAUCUUUUGCAAGGAAGUUAAC